CCAACUUCCUGUCCGAGCUAUCCUCGAUCAACUACAUUUUGCUUUGAUUCUUUCGAGAAUUCGCGUCUAUUCGCGUUUACACGAUACCCUCAGAAUUCCCGUCUAUUCGCGUUCACAAGAUACCGUCAGAUUUCGCAUCCAUUCGCGUUCAUACGAUAUCGUCAGAAUUCGCAUUCAUUCGCGUUCACAUAAUACUGUCAGAAUUCGCAUCCAUUCGUGUUCAAGCGGGGCGACCCCGCUAGAUUCACCAUGAGCCUCUAUGCGAACCCGAACGGUAAUGCAAACCCGAAUGGUAAUGCACCCGCAGAACCUCAAGUGCCAAAGGCAUCUCAAGCAUGCAUGUCAUGUAGAAAGCAGAAGCGCAAAUGCAGCAAGACUCUGCCUGCUUGUGGCUUGUGCGAGCGCAUGAACCGCCAUUGUGAUUACUCCGACGCAUCCCCUCCACCAACAUCCGAAGACUUCAUGGCUCUGCAACGGCAGGUCUCGAAACUUGAGUCAAUAUUAAAGGGAGAGGGUGGCGUGAUGAAUCAGCCCAGUCCAUACCAAACUUCAGCUUCGGGGUUGGCCAGCUCGGACGGUCUUCCUCAAGCUCCUGUUUAUACACCUCUGCAAGACAUACCUUGGCAAGGCCUACAAAACAGAUUCCCUGUCAUUGCAUUCCUUGACAAUGGUUCUUUCAAGAGCGGCGGCAUCAAUGUACCCAGGCCUUCAGUGGAGAUUCCUGUUGACGCUCUUGAAAUGCUCGGAAACGGAGAUUCGGUCAGUGUGACAAUUAACGAGUACUUCUCCACUGUCCACAAGUGGUUGCCCAUUGUUUCUGAAAAGCGAUUGACACGAAACAUGCAAAACCCCAUGUGGGAAGGUGGCCCAGAUCUGGCACUCUUGUUCCUUUGCAUGAAGCUCAUCACCUCGAAGCCACAAGACGGACUUGAUUGCGCUCAUAAUCCUAUCUAUUUGUCUGCUAAGCGGUUCGUUGGUUUGAUGGAAGCUACCGGUACUGCUUCUCUACUGGUGCUUCAAGCAAACCUACUUGUCACUUGGUAUGAAUAUAGUCAAGCCGUCUAUCCCGCAGCAUGGAUGUCGGCCGGCUGGUGUCUGCGAUAUGGAAACAUGUUAGGUAUCAAUGGCCAUGAGGAAGCAGCACAACUACUGGGACCACUGAAUACUUGGACCGAGCGAGAAGAGAGACGUCGAACCUGGUGGGGUGUGUUGUUGACAGACAGAAUCGUCUCACUUGGCAGCCAAGGUCAUAUCAUGAACUCUCAAGAGCCAACAGCAGGUGACUUUCUGCCUGCCGACGACACUGCAUGGGAGAAUGGAGAGUUGCAAGCAAUGGAAAAGAAAGUCUCGAACCCUCUUGAGGAUCCAGUUGCACCCUUCCCUCGUCUAUGCCAAGCAUUCGUCCAACUAGGAAAAGUCCUUAAGCACAAUCACGUUUCGAAGCCUGCUGAUCCGCAUGAGCCGCAAAAACCUCGAUUUAUCGAGGCUUCCAUACUGUACUCUGAAAUCUCAUUACUGGCCCGAACUCUCUUGGUGGAAGCAAACAAUUCGAAAGAUUUCCUGGCUUUCGCUGCUCCUUUGGCAUUAACAUAUAGUGCGCUCUGCACUCUUUGCGAAUCGUAUUCGUGCCCCAAAGGCUGUAAAGCUGACACGGCUGAGGAGCAGGCUAUGCAGGCACAGGCUAUUGAUGGACUGAAGUGGGUAUCGCUCAGCAUUAUGGAGUUCUCGGAUCGUAUUACAAAGGAAAGUCCAAUGCCGCAUGAUCUGGAUAGGGUCAGUCCUAUCAUCAUGGACGCUCUUUAUUCGGCCGCAUGCAACUAUGCAUGGCUUUUUCGAGAGAAUGGGGACGCGGCCUCACAGGCAGCUUUGGAAUCGAUUCGACUGUCAUUGAGACGACUUCAAACCAGAUGGCGAAAUGCAGCAGAGUACUUGAGAAUCCUCGAGGCGCAGGAGUUCGUGGGGUUCGCUGGCCGCAACAGAGGAUCGUAAAUAUGUUGACGGAGUUUGCUUUGCACUUUGGUGGUUAUUUCACGGUGUUCAUAGGAGGGGCGGGACGGAUACCUUUGCGAAUUACACUUUCAGCGUGCAAGCAAGAUCCUUGUUAGGAUAUGUAUAAAAUCAAGCAAAUCGAUGACUUUACAUUAUUUUAUUGGCUUGCCCAUAUUUCUGAAUACAUGACCACCAACACCGUGCUAAUGCUCCUCGCCAGAUAUUUACACCCCAAAUUGCGCAUACAUACA